GAUUUCUCAGCUGCUUCGCCUACGGUCACACUGCUCUACACAAAACAACAGCCAUAGGGAAAAAUAAAAACAUUCCACCAACAGGACGUCAAAAUUAACACAGCAUCAGCUGGUACAGGACCUCGGGCCCAAGGAUACAACCGCAAGGAUGAACGGUCUGCCGCCGAGCAAGCACUACAAUCUGACGCACUACCAGCAGCGUUAUAACUGGGACUGCGGCCUAUCCUGUAUUAUUAUGGUCCUGGGAACGCAGCAGCGCGAGGAGUUCCUGAACAAUUUCGAGGCCGUGUGCAAUGAUGAGGGCUUUGGAUCAAGUACUUGGACAAUUGACCUAUGCUACCUGCUGCUGCGCUACCAGGUGCGCCACGAAUACUUCACCCAAACACUGGGCAUCGAUCCGAACUACGCCCAGCACACCUACUACUCCAAGAUCAUCGACAAGGACGAGCGUCGCGUCACGCGCAAGUUCAAGGACGCCCGGGCGCAUGGCCUUCGGGUAGAGCAGCGCACAGUCGGUAUGGAGGUCAUCCUGCGUCAUCUGGCACGUCACGGUCCGGUUAUCCUGCUGACCAAUGCCUCCUUGCUGACCUGUGAAGUGUGCAAGCGUAAUGUCCUGGAAAAGUUUGGCUGUUUUCAUAUAAAUUGUAUUGCCCGAAACACACGCUUGCCGGAUCUCAAAAAAAGCUAUGCUGGUCACUAUGUGGUCCUUUGUGGCUACGACAUGGCCGCCAAGAAGCUCUUCUACCACAAUCCCGAGGUGCACGACGGUCACAUUUGUCGCUGUCUGGUGGACUCGAUGGACACGGCCAGGCGUGCUUACGGCACCGACGAGGACAUCAUCUUCAUCUACGAGAAAAAAGCACCCACAACGGAUUAAGCUGUAGAAGCAAUUGUAACAGGAGAGAGCUCGUCUAGCCCAGGCCUCCCAGCAAAAUAUAGUACCUGCCAGUCGCCAGGUUGCCAGAGAAGGAUACCAGGAGGAUUGGAAUCUGCGCUUUGUGAUAUUAGUUUGUUAGAUGGAGGUGUGUGUGUGUAUCAGAGAUGCGGUGUCGAUGGGAUGGAAUGUGGAAUGAGAACUGCUCUUGCUGCUUGGUUAACUUUGGCACAACAGUGCACUUUAUUAGAGUAUUGCUAGCAGUUGGUCCCCAUAACGAAAAAAAAAACAAAGAAUGACAAUUACAAACGACUUAUAUAAAGCAGCCAGGCAGCUGUCCAAAUGAGAGUAGGUCGAUCGAUUUUAUCAUUAGGUUUCUGGUUGGUGGAAGGACUGGAUAUUUGUUUUCUUUUUUUUUUUUUUUAUAAAAAUGCCAAAUUUAAAAUGUAUUAUUAUAUAUUCAAAAUUAUUGUCCUUAACGUUCCAAAAAUAUGUGUUCAAUGUUACUGCUUGUAAUAAUAUUAUAUAGACUGAAAAUAAUUACGGACAGACGGACGGACAAUCCUGUAUCAAUUCCAUUAGUUCAUAGCUUAUAAGCUGAAUGUUUUUUGAUCCUUCCGCCGUUUUAGAAAUUAUGUUUCGAGUUUGGUUUUCGAAUCGACCCACCCUUGACUACUACAUUCCAAUAAGAUUAUGCGUAAAAUAUACAAUUCUGUUCUGUAUGUAGAAAAUACAAAAGAUUAUUGUUCCAACCAGA